AUGAUUUUUGGAGGUUACACUGAAGAAUAUCCUACCAUAUGCAGCGCGAGAGAUAGCGUCCAUACUCUGCUAAAAGGAUCUCCAAAAAUCACGACAAAUGGGCCGAUCAUGAAAUUUGAUGCUACUACCUCCCAACCGCUGCAACAACCACACACCGAUCCUCUAGUGGUCACCCUCAAAAUCGGUCAAAUGAAGGUCAAGCGAGUACUGGUGGACACUGGAAGCACAUCCGAUCUCAUAACCAUGGAGUGCCUAAGAAAGAUGAAGUUCGAAGAAAAACACUUGCAACCCCUCGAUAAACCUUUGAUCGGAUUCGGGGGGAAUCAGGUCAUUCCACUGGGAACCAUCAUACUCCCUGUACGAAUAGGGGAAAGAGAUGGAAGCAGAACCAUACCCAUACGAUUCACGGUGGUGGAUCUCACAUUCCCCUACAAUGCCAUCAUGGGGCUUCUACUCAUCAACAAGAUCAAAGCCGCAAUCAUUCCUCAUCAACUCUUGCUACAAUUUGAGCGGGACAAUGGACAAGUUGGUAUCCUCAAAGGGGAUCAGGUGAUGGCGCGCCAAUGCCUUGUCAACACCCUGAAGCGAGGAACUUCCGUCAUUCCCUCCAAAAGAGAGAGGGAAGAAAAGUCUGCAACCGUCAUGAGUGUGUAUGUGGACAAUCCCAACACACACGAAAGGCCCGACCCAAUGGAACGAUACGAGGAGGUAGGAAUAUUCGACGGGAAGCAAAUCAAAAUCGGAAAAGACCUUCCAAAAGCGGUCAAGGAGGAUAUCAUGGCCACCAUCGCCGAGUUUCGCGACAUCUUCGCUUUUUCCACGGAAGAAAUGUCUGGCAUAUCAACAAGUGUCAUGUGCCACAAACUUGACAUAAAGCUAGGCUACAAACCCGUGAAGCAAAAUUUAAGACAUCAGGGGAAAGAGAGAAUAGAGGCGGCCAAAACAGAAGUAGAAAAUUUGUUGAAAGCAGAGUUCAUCCGGGAAUGCAAAUACUCCGACUGGCUAUCCAACGUCGUCCUCGUGAAAAAAUCAAAUGGAAAGUGGAGGAUGUGUGUUGAUUUUACGGAUCUAAACAAGGCAUGCCCCAAGGACGAUUAUCCACUCCCAAAGAUAGACGUUUGGUGGAUUCCACGGCAGGCCACACCCUACUAA